AUUCAAGCAUUAGCGAUGAUAAUAACUAUGAUGAUAACUAUAAUGAUGAUUCUUCAGCUUUAUUAAAGGAAAGCUCUUCUUGCUUAAAACUAAAAGCUAAGUAUACUGGUACUAAUAAUGUUAACAUUAACGAUGAUAUUAAAAUUACUUACAAAGUAAAUGCCCGUAGUCAAGAAAUGAC